AUGAACCCAAAGCAGCAAGAGGCGGCGAUGACGGAGGAAGCUGCGAGCACAGCCACGGGGCCGCUCGUUGAUACUAAAAUUGUGUGUCACACACGUCGCUGCAAUGGACGUGACGUUUGUUCGUGUAUUCUGCGCGUGGAGAGUGCCUAUUUCCAAAAGAAUUUGGCAGACAAAGUCGCUGCGAAGAAACGUCGUGUCGACGAUAGUUUAAUCACGUUGAAAGGCGUUACACGUCGAUAUCAGAGAGUGACAAACAUUCAGAAGCUUCAAUUUGAGCUCAAGUUGCAUAUUACGGCGUUCUUGACGCCUCGUGCACUUGGUAGAUUAGGAAUGACAAACAAGAUGAUGAAACAUGAUGUGGAUCUUAUGGCAAAGCACGCAGUGGGAAAGUUUCUUGCGGAGGCUCCAUCGGACAAGUUGCUCAAGCAGGAAGAGCCUAAACCGACAGAGUCGUGGCCGCAACUCAUGUACAAUCAGAUGACAUGUGUGCACAAGCUCUUUGUUUAUUAUACAGGCUAUAAGACUGGUGUAAUGAGGCAGCAGUUUCCACAUUGGGCUUUUGGCAUUAUCUGUGUGGAUCCCAAUGAACCACAUCGUAACAUGCUACCAAAUGCGUGGACGUUCCAUGGACACAACCCAUGGCUUCGACGACGUGGCAAUGGAAAAGAUGGCGAGUGGCAGCUGACAAAAAAGUAUACGGCGCGUAAAGCACCUAAUGAUUUCUUGCUGCAUGUAAAAUCGUGGGCGAGCACACUACGUCCAGGAUCCAUGUUAGCAGUUGCAUAUCGAAAUGCGGGAUCUCCGGAGCCGGCGUGGUGGGAGGCGCAAGCUUGGUAUUUAUGGCGUGGAGACGGCAAGCAAGAUCCCGCAAUCGUGUACGAUCCCGAGACGGAAAAUCGUAGUCAGGUUCAUCCAGACGAUUUACUCGAGCACUUUAGGACACAUCCAUUGCAUGUUAUUGACGUGUCUACUAAGCCUGGAGCUUUAUGCCAACGAUGCGCCAGCCAAAACAGGACGUUCAAGUAUUGUCAUAUAGACAAAGGGCAUGCAAUGUUCUAG